AUGGCCACAUCCCAGGGGCAGGCAGACGCCGAACUGCAGGAGUUCUUUAAGAACAAGGAGGACGUGGGUAGAGCCAUCCUUCAAAGCGAUGAAGCCCUCACAGAGAAAGAGAGGGAAGCUGCAGAUGCCAAAGCAAGAGCGGAGGAAGCAGAGCGGAAAAAUGAGAUCCAGCGGCGGCGGCAGGAGGACUUGGAGCAGAAGCUGGAGGACCAGAGGCGAAGUCACGAAGCAAACAUUCAGUACCUGAAGGAGAAGAUGGAGGGAGACCGGGAGAAGAUGUUGAAAGAGCAGAACAAGAUGCUGGAGAGUAAACUCCGGGAGCAAAGGACGAUGCUGGAGGCCGGAUUCAAGAAACACUCCGAUCAGCUGAAUGAGGAGAUCGGUCAGCUAAGAAGACAGAGUGAAAACGUCAGGAAGCCAUCUUGGCUCUCCGAUAUCCUGGAUGCUGCUUCGCUGGUGCUCCCCGGCUGUUUCGGCAAAGCUGUCGGGAUAGUUUCCAAUUUGUUCCGGCGCUUGUGACCGAGUGGAGGGGAAAGGGGCUGAUUCUCCGCUCCUCCGUUCACGCUCUCCUGCCAAUGUGCACAGUGCCUGCUGCUUUGUUUUAGAACAAAUGUUUGGCUUUUUCCGCACAAGUCUCCCAAAACGUUUGCAAAACAUUUGCUAAAAAGUUUCACUCCCCCCGCCCCGUUUGUCUGCGACUGGCCCUCUCAAAAUGUAUCCCGGCUGCCAUUUUGUGUUUUUUCUCCUGUUUAAAAAAAAUUCUCAGUGGAUUCGAUGCUUCAGGGCUUCACAGCCUCAUGGUGUGAUUCCCCACACGUCAUGCACUCAAAGCUUCAACGAUUAAGCCCCCCAAAUAAAAAGAAGAACUGACAAAGAUACAUGGGUGAGAUGACGAAGCGAGUCCGGAAAGCGGCACCGAGGAGGAAAUCCGGGGACUGUAGAGAGGCACGGGAAACUUGAGCAGCAAGUGAAAACAUUUUGGAAACUUUUGCAGGAAAAGAAUCGCUAAAAUCGAGGAUGCAUUUAAAACGUUUUCAGGCUGGAAAUAAAACAUUUUGGGGUAAAAAAAGUUGGGGGCCUCCUUGGAGGAAAUGUUGUGUUUCCUGCCAGAAAACGUUUUAAAGUGUCUGUGUGGAAAGUACCAGUGUCAACAUGAACAGUGUCUUGUGGCAGAGAACCAGCAAGCAAGGGUAAUAGCAACCAGGCGUCUGUUUGAUUGCUUCAACAUGGGUGUUGGCAAUAUUAUG